CUCGCAUACUGCUCUACAUGGUAUCAGUUACCACGCACCUCUACUAGCCUCUCUUCCGCUGCAACUCCCGAUCGGCCAUGGCGAUCCCUCCGCCACCCCCUCCGCCGCCGCCUCCUUCCCCACCUGCAUCACCCUCCCCAGCUCACUGGCGGCACGGCGCGGUGCCGGCUCAUCCACUCUACGGUGCGCCGCUCAGCGCUCCUCCUGCUGGCCAGCAGCCUGCAUGGGACCAGGCGGCGCUCAUCCAGGCGCUCAAUGCCAUGAGCAUGCAGCAAGGCCAGGCGCCGCCAUACUCCGGCGGGGACUGGUACCUCGACUCGGGCGCGACAUCGCACAUGGCCUCCUCGUCUGGAUCGAAGAACGAAGGCGGUGAUCCUCCGCUGUGAUUCACCGGAGGAGCUCUACCCACUAUACCCAUCCCACCCGUCCCAAGCGCCACAAGCCUUCACCGCCGUCUCUCGUGACACUUGGCACCGUCGUCUUGGUCACCUCGCCGAUGAUGCCCUGGACACCACUCUCCGCCACAACUCCAUCACCGCUGCCGGCCCCGUCGGUGACGUCUGCACCGCCUGUCAGCUAGGCAAAAGCCAUCGUCUACCAUUUAGUUCGUCUAGUCAUGUUUCGUAUUUCCCUUUUCAACUUAUACAUUGUGAUGUAUGGACCUCGCCCGUCCUUAGCUUGUCUGCCUACCAGUACUAUCUAGUUGUUGUCGAUGACUAUAGUCAUUUCAUGUGGACC